UGAACAAGUUUCGCAUUAACACUCCACUCACUUUCCUACAAUAUCGAAGAUUAGAGAUUAUUACAGAUAACUUCUUCUUCUUCUUCUUCCAACAAACAACAAUGUCUCAUUCUUCUCUUCUCACCCCCUCUUCCUCUCUUACACUCAACUCUCCUCUUCUUUCCCCCACCACUGGUUCUUCUUCUCACAGUCUUUCUCUUCCCUCCCACCCUUUUCUCUCCGGGAAAUUGAGGAAACCUGUAGAAUUUAGAAAGAUUACCCGAAAAUCUGCCGUGAAAGCGGUCUAUGGUGAUCAAUUUUGGGGACAUGAGAGGAGUUCACGUCAGGGUAUUUGGUCCAUAAGGGAGGAUUUGGGAGUUCCAUCUUCGCCUUAUUUUCCUACCUAUGCACAAGGACAAGGGCCACCCCCAAUGGUGCAGGAGCGUUUCCAGAGUGUUAUAAGUCAGCUUUUCCAAUAUAGAAUAAUCCGUUGUGGUGGAGCAGUUGACGAUGAUAUGGCAAAUAUCAUAGUUUCUCAGCUCCUUUAUCUUGAUGCUGUUGACCCAAACAAGGAUAUUGUCAUGUAUGUAAAUUCUCCCGGAGGGUCGGUUACAGCUGGUAUGGCAAUAUUUGAUACAAUGAAGCAUAUCAGACCUGAUGUGUCCACUGUCUGUGUUGGAUUGGCGGCUAGUAUGGGAGCUUUUCUGCUUAGCGCGGGGACCAAAGGAAAACGAUUCAGCUUGCCAAACUCAAGGAUAAUGAUUCAUCAACCACUUGGUGGUUUCCAAGGAGGGCAAACUGACAUAGAUAUUCAGGCUAAUGAAAUGCUGCAUCACAAGGCAAACCUGAAUGGGUAUCUGUCCUAUCAAACUGGGCAAAGUUUAGAGAAAAUUAACCAGGAUACAGACCGUGAUUUUUUCAUGAGUGCAAAAGAAGCCAAAGAAUAUGGACUCAUCGAUGGUGUCAUCAUGAAUCCUCUCAAAGCUCUUCAGCCUUUAGCAACUGCAGAGGAGGGUAAAGAUCGGGCUAUUCUUUGAACUCGACACUGUUGUACUCCUAAUUUCGUAGGUACGAAAAACAAGGAUGUUGUUUUUGGUUGGUUGCUUAGUAUAGCUGAAUUUUUCACAGAUGUUGAUAUCUGUAUAACGGUGUACCAACAAAUGAGGCCAAAAUGAUACCUAGUGAUGUUGUAUUGCCUUAGAGUUUAUACUGUUAUAAUUCAAAAAAGCUUCCUUAACGCGGAUCCUGGAUUUGCGUUUUUCCUUCUA